GUAAUUAAUCGUACUUUUCGUUUGCCUUUAAACGUUGGCAUCACCAACCGUAUACGUAAUUUUCUCAGAAUAGGAAUAGUAAAUUACUUUCUUUAAUGGUGUCUAUUCCCCUAAUGCAAUACAAGAUACAUUAAAAAUAUAAAAUCCGAUGAUCCCACUCGUCACCGCUAGUCAGUGUCCAGAGAAAUUUCGCACGCACGUGAAGAAUACAAUAUGGGCAGUAGUACUGAAAUAACGUCGAUGACGAAGAAAUCGAACGACAGUAACGAUGUCAACGACGUGUACGGUCCAAAUUUGAAGAUACUUCCGUGUAACAAUCAAGUGAAAGAGCUUCAAACUAUAUUGCGAGAUAAAAACACCACGAGAAGCGACUUCAAAUUCUACGCCGACCGAUUAAUAAGAUUAGUUAUAGAGGAAAGCUUAAAUCAACUUCCAUUUUCCAAAUCUGUUGUUACCACACCAACAGGGGUCAAGUAUGAUGGCUUAAAGUAUCAGAAAGGAAACUGUGGAGUGUCCAUAGUAAGAAGUGGGGAGGCUAUGGAACAGGGUUUGAGGGAUUGUUGCCGUAGUAUAAGAAUUGGAAAAAUAUUAGUUGAAAGUGACGUGGACACUCAUGAAGCUAGAGUUGUUUAUGCAAAGUUUCCAGAUGAUAUAUCAGAAAGAAAAGUAUUGUUAAUGUACCCUAUAAUGAGUACUGGAAAUACUGUGAUAAAAGCUAUAGCUGUAUUAAAGGAACACAAUGUGCUUGAAGAGAAUAUUAUUCUAUCAAAUUUAUUUUGUACACCAAUUGCUGCCAAAUCUCUAGUCACUGCAUUUCCUCAGAUGAAGAUUUUAACAUCAGAGAUUCAUACUGUGGCCCCUAAUCAUUUUGGACAAAAAUACUUUGGCUGUUCUCGUUUCGUCGGAGGAGAGAGUGCAAAUAUACAAGACAAAGAUAUUUGAAGAAUUUGUGUUAUACAUACUAUUUAGGGCUUAGAAGUCAGUUUUACUCAUUAACCAACGAAUUUAUAACGAAAUGAGUUUAUACAAAAGAAAAUAUAUAAGUACGCUUUGAAUUUUUUAAUUUGAACAAAGCAUAAUUUGCAAAGACUAAUUAUAAACAUAUAUAUUUAAUAGCAAUAUUAGUCUCUUAAUUAUUGUUGACAUGUAUGAUAGAUAAUUAUUUUUGAAAUGAUAAGUAACAAUAUGAAUAUGACUUAUACAUACAAUGAUAGAGAAAUUAUUCAAUAUUAGAUGUAGGUACACAACUAGAAAGUACAGUAAUUUAUUAAAUAUUUAGAAAGAAUACAAAAUUUCCUUUAGUAUAUUAGAAAUUAGCAUAAUUGUAACACGUUACUUACCGCAUUGUAUUGCAGACGAUCCUGGAAGAGAAAUUUAUUAACGUUUAAAUCUACAUAAUUCUAAUGUUUACGAAAUCAAUAUAUGUAUCUGAAAUUUAUGUAUGUACAGGAUUACUUAAACAGCUUCUUAAACUUCUAUUAUGAUAUUUAUUAAU